AACAAUAAAUAAUAUUGUACAUUUAUUAACAUUUAUUUAAAUACAUGUAUAAAGUUUUGCAAAGAAUGAAGUAAGAACUAUGAUCUCUCUGCUAUAAAUAAGAGCAAUUGUCAUGUUAACCUAUUCUCGGCGGAAAAAGUUUCACCACUUCGCUGUAACAUAAUAUUUUCACAAUCACCUUAGAAACCUGUAGAAAAUCAUAAUAAUAAACUCGAUCGACCAAGCAACGGGGGAAGAAAGUGUCAUUUGUUAAUAUUUAAAAUAGAAAAACUUGAUUGUGGAACAGAAAACGUGCUGACAUUAUGGCUAAUUUUGUUUUUAAAGAAGAAAUUUCCUAUUUUAUUGAGAGUAUUCGUCCUUUUCAAUUGGUUGAUAUAGGCAGCUCAAAAUGGUUGGAUGUUCAUGAGAUGAUUAUAAAAUUAAGUCAACAAGCAAUUCUCGAAGCAAGCGAACAUCGUGAGGAGGAAGUGAAAGAGUUUCUUAUUUCACAUGACAAGUUGAAGAUACUCAUACAUGAAGCCUACAGUAUUUUUUUGUGGAAGACUCGUGUCUUACCACACUUAAUUGAGAUUGACCCUAAUCCUCAAGCGACUUUUCUUAUCUAUACGGUACUAUUUCAUGAAGGCGCUGUAAUUUCUCUAUUGGAUACAUCCCUUUUUCAUGUGAGUGCAUGUGAAGCAUUGCAGGAUGCAGCUAUUGAUUUAAUUGACUAUUGCGCACUAGCGGUGGCACAAGUAAUAGGCUUAGUCAGCAUGGGCUAUCAUGAAAACCAAUCGAAACUUGACGUUGACGAGGCUGUAUUGACAGAAUUAGAGCGGCAGAAACGCGAUCUGAUUUAUAAGAUUGGUAUGCGCUGCAUAUCAAUUUUAUGCUACCUUGCAGAACAUGCUGAUGCAAUACCGUUAAGCGCUUCACGUCGCAUGGUAGUCACACACGAUAUACCUUGGCUAAUGGCAGAUUUGCUAUUGUUCCGCCCAUGGCAAAGACGAACCGACAAAGGCAUUGAACGAUUUAUCGAUGAAAAAUGGAUUGCAGUUGAGGGCGCCGAUAUAUCGAAGAUAUCUAAACAAGAGGCGCAGAGUUGGUUCUGCAUACAACAAUUGCUAUUUAACCAAUCUUUGAUGACAUCGUAUGAAUUAAAUGAGGAACGCAGGAAACAUCUAUCAAAGUGUCAGGCUCUCCUACAAGAAACUCUAUUAGAUCAAAUCCCACCAUUGGUUGAGUUAAAGCAUUACCUUUGCAAUUUAAGUGUUUCUGGAAAUCCCAGUGAGAACCAGAAACAUAAAAGAAAUUUAGUACUUGAAGAAUUACCAGAAAUACGAGAAAAGCUCAUAGCUGAAGCAGAACGUAUUGGUGGAUUUGUUGUUGUAGCACAAAAGCAAGAAGAAAUAUUUCUGUGCACUGAUAAAGAUAAAAUCUUUGAAAUAGCUAAACGUUUGAACACUGCUUAUAAUACAGAUUUGCUGGCAGAAAUCGAAGGAAAUACUUCAGAAAUAGCACAAGCCAGUACUAUCGUUGAAAAUAAAAGCGUAACAACGAGGAAAUGUAAAAUGUGUGCCACUGAUGCAGUGAAAAAAUGCGCCAAUUGUAAAAACAUUUACUACUGUUCAAAAAAAUGUCAACAGGAAGAUUGGCCACAACACAAAAGGAAUUGCAUAAAAGUGUAGACACAUCACUACGCGUUUAACUAAAAACCACUUUUACUAAAUCGCAAUUUAUUAUAAAAAUUCCUUCUUUUUCACUUUGUAGUAUUUUUUAUUUAUAAAAGAACUUUACUGCUCAAAUAAACACGACGGCUUUUGUAUAUCGUGUUCAUUUACUGCCACAAA